AUGAAAAGAUGUGAAAGUAACAAUAAUGAACAACAAUCUUCUAGAGAAAGAAAACGGGCCAAAAAAUUUUCUCAAAGGAAUAUUGAAACCUUUGGAGAAGGCUCAACAAAAGCUCCCACUUAUACGCCAAAGAUAAUUGAUGUGCUGGAUUUUGCUGAAGCUCGAGCUUUUGAGAUAAAUGCUAUGAAUAAUGCUUUAGAACGUUCAAGUCAGGCGAAAAAUUCAAAAGUUUCACAAACACUUCCAAGACAUCUUAGACGUCGAGCAGCGAGCCAUAAUGUUAAACGAUUACCAGCUCGUCUUAGACAAAAAGCCACCGAGGAGAUGGAACAUGAUAAUACUGUUCAAAAAAAAACUAGCGGACAUAAAAAAAGAUAUUCAGGUACAAUCGCUGAAGAAUAUAAGCGAAGAAAAGCUAAUAAAAAAUGGCUAGAAACACAUAUAUGGCACGCUAAAAGAAUGAAGAUGAUUAAUAUUUGGGGUUACAAAUUGGCAGAACAUCCAAAUGAGAAAAGUGUAAGAUCUUCAUUUCGAGCAAGCGAACAUUUAUCCAUUAUUCAAGAUGUAUCAUAUUUCGAAUGGUUAAGUUUAUCAGGAUCAGAAGCUAAUAUCGUAAAACUUAUGAAUUCUGUAACAGACCCAACUUUGCCAUCAAUUGGAAGCCAGAGAUAUUUGAAUGGGAAAAGACAAUGCUUUACCUAUUUGUAUUCAUUUUUGAAAUAUCCAUCUCAUCUCAUUGCACCAAUAAAUCUAAUUUGGAAACCUUUACAAGAUUUUAAUCAAAGAACAACAAGACAUAUUCUUAUUUGGAUACAUCCUUGUGUUUUUCAAGAAGCAAUUGAUUUAAUUAUUGAAAAUCUUCAAGAUGAAUUUUUAAUUUUCGAAUUAACUGGUCCAAGAUCAACUGCUUUACUGCAAACAGUAUUGGAUGUUUAUGAUGGAAAUGAUGAUAAUGGUAACGGUACAAACAUGUCUAUUGAUAAAAAUCAACGAAUAGUACCCUAUGUCAAUAAAGAUGCUCAUAAUACUUGGAAAUCUUUAAGUAAUUUACGUAGUGCAACUUCUUUACCCCCAGGAAUAGUUUUAGGCUUAACUGUGAUAGAUCCACGAUUAAAAUUUCCAAAAAAAGUACCAUCACGUUCAGAUACUAUUUCUAUUGAUUCUGAAAAUGCAAUUCAAAGAAUUUUAUUUGAUUGGCCAGAUAAUGUUGCAUUUUCUGAUAUAUGGAACAAUGAUUUGCGAAAAUCUUUACAAGAAAUUAAAGUUUCAGAAGGUAACCUGAAUAAAAGAAGAAGCAGGUUACUUGUACCAGGUCAAAAAUUACAAUUGACUUCAAAUGAUGCGCUGAUUCCAAUUUUAUUGAUUCAAAGAGAUUCAAUGAUUAAAGCAACGUCAAUAAAAGGCAAAUCUUCAGAAUAUAUUGGUGGAUGGAAUAUAAUUAUGCCAUCUGGUUGGGGAAUGGAUUUCUGGAAAAGUUUUGUAUUUGCUGGUGCAUGGGUUGGUGGACUCAGAGAACGUCAUAAUAAUCAUUUUGAGAAUGGAUUAAUAUGUUUCCCAUAUGAUUAUCCUGGCACUAAAUCAUAUGAAGAAUAUUCUAAACAACAAAAAUUGUUAUUAGAAUCGGAACAUAACAAAAGACCAUCAGCAAAGCGCCCAAAUUACAAAAAACUUUUUGUUGAAUCACCAUUUGAACCACCAUUUUAUCAGUUAACAGGACAUGUCACAAAAAAUCUUGCUGAUGUUAACAAUGAUAAUAAAAAGGUCGAAGAGGAAGAGGAAGAGGAGGAAAUAGAUACUCAAAAGCCUUUGUUAUUUCAUGGGUUGAAAAAUAUUAAACUAUUAGAAAAGUUUCAUUCUUCAACUAAUAAUUCUUUUAAAAACACUUUUAUAAGCCAAAUAAAAAACUCAUACAAAGAAAAAAAUGUUUGCUUAGUAGAUGAUUUAUCAUUUGAUUUAGAUAGAUUCAUUGUAUGUGUUAGUUUAAAUUUAUUAGGUAAAGGAGUACCGGGUUAUAAUGCUAUAAUUUAUAAGGCUAGUCAAGAAAUAUAUGAUCAUUGGUCUGAUUUGUUGAAGAAUAAAAAGAUAUAUGAUGAAAUGGAUUUUUUUAAUGGGGAGAUGAACUAUGGAAGUAAUAUCAAAAAAGAUCAUAAUUUACUACCUAAACCAUCUGAAAUUAUUGGAUAUGUUACCACUGGAAAGUUUUCGUUUUCUCAAGGCCACGGGUUUGCAAUUGGGUGUUGUUCUUUAAUUAAAAUACUUGAGCUUCUAAGACAACAAAAAAGUGAAAAAAGAACAAUAAAAAAUUUUGUAUUGGUAAGAAAGAUAACAAGUCUGAUUUGUCAACCUGCAACUUUAGAACUUAUCUCAUAA